AUCAAAUGGAUCAAAGGAGCCCUCAUCGGCGCUGGUUCAUUCGGUUCCGUUUACCUCGGCAUGGAUGCGCAAUCGGGUUUAUUGAUGGCUGUCAAACAGGUCGAAUUGCCAACGGGGGGAGGUAGGAACGAGGAGAGGAAACAAAGCAUGGUGACUGCUCUUCAGAGGGAGAUUGUGUUGUUGAAAGAAUUGCAGCAUGAUAAUAUUGUGCAGUAUCUGGACUCCUCACACGACGACGAUUUUCUCAACAUUUUCCUUGAAUACGUCCCCGGUGGUUCCGUCGCAGCCCUUCUAAACAACUAUGGAGCUUUCGAAGAAGCUCUUGUCCGAAACUUUUGUCGUCAAAUCCUGUUAGGUCUCAAUUACCUUCAUCAAAGAGGUAUCAUCCAUCGUGAUAUAAAAGGUGCCAACAUUCUCGUCGAUAAUAAAGGUGGUAUUAAAAUAUCCGAUUUUGGUAUAUCUAAAAAAGCUGAAGAUAAUUUGAUGAGUACUAUGAGAGGUGGUAAUCGAGCUUCUUUACAAGGAUCAGUAUUUUGGAUGGCACCUGAAGUUGUUAAACAAACUAAACAUACUACCAAAGCGGAUAUAUGGAGUGUGGGAUGUUUAGUUGUUGAAAUGUUAACUGGGACUCAUCCUUGGGCUGAGUUGACACAGAUGCAAGCUAUUUUCCGAAUAGGAACAUCAGCUCGACCAACAACCCCAUCAGACGUUUCCCCAGAUGCACAAGAUCUUCUCAGACAAACAUUCGAGAUUGAUCAUAAAUUACGUCCUACAGCUCAACAAUUAUUAGAUCAUCCUUUUCUCUUACCGAUAGGACAAAAUUCACCAAAAGGUACUAUUAAUCCUGAAAGGGCAAAAGCAAGUAUGGACGCUGCUGCUAAAGCUAUGCAAGUGGGUAUGCAAAGUAUGGGUCAAAUGUUUGGCAAGUAA